AGUCAGUGAAAAAAGCACAGUUUUUGCGAGAGCCUUGGAGCGAGGGCUGUGAUAUUAUUGAAAGUUUCGUAAUAAUAAAUUAAUAACUAUCUUUCCAGUUUGAAAUGUCCGAAAAUAAUUUUACGGUAGUAAAAUGUCGGAAUGGUAUUGGAAGGUUAUAGCUUUGAAGGCCGCAUUCGUUCUUACAUGCUUUGUAAGUUCAUUUCGAGCCGAAGACACUGUCCAUAAAUUACCGUUUUGUAACCCUCACAAUGUAAAUACGGACAAAAAUGAUCUAAUGAUAGUAAGCACGUUAGAUGGCAAGCUGACAGCGUUCUCAACAGUGGACGGAUCCAAGGCUUGGGAAAUUGCGACUCAGCCCCUUCUGUCAUCUAAUUUACAUCACGUUGAACUCACAGCAGGAGGCAAGUGGGUGCGCCUGGUGCCGUCUCUCCGAGGCACCCUGUACAGCCUCAGCGGAGACAACAUUGAGCCUUUACCUUUCGAUGCAGACCAGCUCUUAUCAUCCUCAUUCAAGUACUCCGAAGACUUAGUCAUAGCUGGUGCAAAAGAAACUCUCUGGCAAGGCAUAGACACAACAACGGGCAGCGUGCUCUACGAAUGUGGCUCCGCGGGCUGCAGCACCGAACAGCAAGCAACCGCCGCCGGAAGGCAUGUGCUAGUGCUCCGCCGCCAUGCGAAUACUGUGCGAGCCCUAGACCCGCGCUCCGGGCAGGAGAAAUGGAACUUCAGUGUAGCCGAGCAUCAGCUAGCUUUAUCAGCCAGCCCGGACUGCUUAGGUCCGGCCUCGGCCGGUGCCGGUCCGGUGGCCGUGCACGUCGCCAUGCCGGAGGGUACGGUCGGCGUCGCAAGGCCCGGCGAGACCGAGUAUCUGUGGCAGCAGCAGCUAGAAGCGCCAGUAGCGGGCAUGUGGCGCCUCCAAGCGGGCGCUUUGAAAACUAUCGACGUACUGUGGGAAUGUACGAGAGCCCUGACAGAUGAUGGCGCCCUACCUCCACAACUUUAUAUUGGCGUGCACCGGACACAGCUAUACAUCCAAGAAAGCCACCACUACACCCAGAAACUAGAAAGUUCUGUAGCAGCGUCACGAAUACCUUGGAAGCUGAAGCAAUCACGGCCAUUACUCAACGGCGGCGACACUGCGCUCUCACUACAAGACCCUCCGGCCAAUUCGCUCGUCACAUUAUACACGGCUCCGGUGACUUCUAACCGCGGCUUUUUCCUCUACCUCCAAGAGACCUGCGAGCAGGCGGUGCAAGUGACCGAGGACUUCCCCGAGCCCCCCCCCACCAACGAGCACCACCACAUCCACGUGCACGUGUCCUCGCUCUGGUUCUGGUGGAAGGAGGUGCUGCUCAUCGCCGUCAGCUCCGCGCUGCUGAUGAACCUCAUGAUCUGGCCGAGGUUCUUCGCGCCCAAGUUCAGGCCACAUACCCCGAUGCCUGUAGACCAAGAGGUGGUAAUAGUAGAGCGGCAUUACGACCGCCCCCCUUCAACCGUGGCUGAAUACUGCGGCCGCUAUGAGAACGACUUCACGCCGCUGCGCUGUUUGGGGCAAGGCGGCUUCGGAGUCGUAUUCGAGGCGAGAAACAACAUAGACCACUGCUCGUAUGCUGUCAAGAGGAUCACACUACCUAGGAGAGAAUCGAAGCGUGAGCGAGUGCUGCGCGAAGUCCGCGCCCUAGCGAAGCUCGAGCACGAGAACAUAGUCCGGUACUUCAACUCGUGGGUGGAGGAGCCCCCGCCCAACUGGCAGGAGCAGCGGGACGCCGUGUGGAAACGUGAACUGAACGUAUCAGUGGAAAUGUCGGAAGAUUACACAGUGGAGUCGCCAGCACCAGUCAAGCGGCGCGACGCGAGCGUCAAACUCAACCUCCACAAGACCUUGGACGAAUGCGUGGACGCACUCGACUUUGAGAAGCAGCUCUCUGCUAAGAGAAACAGGUCGCUAAGCUGCAACGAAUCAUUCAGCAUAGUAUUCGACGAGCAGCCAACAGGACCAACACCCACUUUACCCCGCACCCCCCCCAAGUCCACCGACGAUUCGUUCAUAGUGUUCGCGAACGAAGCCGAAGUCAGCAAGGCUUCUGAGGCGAGGAGAGACAGCUCCGUGGACAAGAGGCUGGAGCGAGUGAAAGAGUGCGAUAGCUAUGUGAAGAGUACGAGUAGUACGGGGAAGAAGAAAAAGAAGGGCCACACCCGGCACUGGUCGCUCGACAUGGUGGUGCGAGAGAGUGUCACACCGAUGGCGUCCAAGAUGUACCUCUACAUACAAAUGCAGCUGUGUAUGAGGGAUAGCUUGCACGAUUGGCUCAGGCAGAACAGGACAAGGGAGUCCAGGGCCGAUAAAAUAAAAACCCUCUUCAGCCAAAUAGUGUCAGCGGUGGAGUACGUGCACCUGGCGGGGCUCAUCCACCGCGAUCUCAAGCCCAGCAACAUAUUGUUCGCGCCCGACGGCCGGGUCAAAGUUGGCGACUUCGGGCUGGUCACCACUAUGGGGGACAGUUCGUCUGACGGUUCAGCGCCGGAGGAUAUGGACGUGUAUGCUAGGCAUACGUAUAAAGUCGGCACCCACUUAUACAUGUCGCCAGAACAACUAGCGGGGCGGCCUUACAGCUACAAAGUGGACAUCUACUCGCUCGGCGUGAUCCUAUUCGAGUUGCUACAGCCAUUCGAUACAGAAUCGGAACGUGUCGCCAAACUUACUGCGCUGAGGGCCGCGCACUACCCCGCUGAUUUUACCGCUGACUGUCCCAGUGAGGUGGAGGUGCUAAAGCUGAUGCUGAGCGAGGACCCGUCGCGGCGGCCCACGGCCAGCGGCGUGCGCGCCCGGGCGCCGCUCUACCAGCGCACCGAGCAGUCCCACUUCACCCUUCCUGCCCCUGCGGUCGCGUGA